UUCAAAAGGUUGAAAAGUGAAAACAUUGAUUUAUGUUUGGUUUUCUUGUUUUUGUAUGUUUUUUACUGUAGCUAUUUCACAUCUUCAUCAGUCUUAUGUUGUUUUUUUGUCUUAAGCUAUGCUUAGAUUAUUAGUAUUAGAUACCUUGAUUUGAAAUUUGUUUAUUUUUUAUUCUAGUUUGGUCUUGCUUAUUUAUUUUUUAUUUCUCAAUAUAUAUAUGAGGCUAUUCAACUAUGAAGGCUUUCAAUUCAAUCUUUGAUUGCGGCUGUUUUAUGAAAUUAUGACUGUGACUGAUUCUGCAUAAUAGCCAAAGCCUAAAACCUCUUUAUAUAAGGGAACUGUUGAUGAUGCUGAAUAAUUUGAACAGUUUGAAACAUUGAGGUUUAGUUUAAGUGCUUUUGGUGAUUUUGAAGUUAUGGAUCAUAAUAGAGAAGAUGGUUGGAGGGAUUUGGUGAAGAAUAUGCUUCCUCCUGGUGCUUCUGUUCCUGAUGAUGCUUCUAGUCUUGAUUACUCCAGAGCUUUGGAAUAUUUAGGUCCGCCGGUUUCUUAUGAAGUACCGAUAGUUGAGCCACUAGGUGUGAAAUCAAGAGCAAUAGAACAGAUUCCUCUGCCAAUGUCUCGUAUUGUCGGUGUAACAGGCUCUCCUAAUCAUAGUCCGAGGGUGUCGGGAAGUUCAGAAUCUGUGGUUUCUGUGUUACUAAACCCUGAUCUUUCUUCUGGUUCGCCUUCUGCUUCACCUGCUUCGGUUCAUAAUCCUUCAAAUGUUGUUACUAAGACGGCGAUUAACGAAGCGAAGAGGGCGCCCGUUGUUACUUUUAAUACCGUUGAAAGGUCUCAAAUGAAAGAGGUGGCGGAGGUUGUGAAGCCGGUGUAUCCGGAAUACGUUGGAGUUGUGAAAGAAAAGAAUAAAAAGAAAAUUAGAGUUUGUUAUAGGUGCGGAAAAGGGAAGUGGGAAACUAAAGAGUCUUGCAUAGUUUGUAAUGCAAAGUAUUGCAGUAACUGUGUGCUUAGGGCAAUGGGAUCGAUGCCUGAGGGGCGAAAAUGUGUGACAUGCAUUGGCCAGCCUAUAGACGAAUUGAGGCGUCUGAAAUUAGGUAAAUAUUCGAGGGUGUUGUCCCGGCUGUUGAGUCCUCUCGAAGUCAAGCAAAUCAUGAAAGCUGAGAAAGAAUGUUCUGCGAAUCAGCUUCAGCCGGAGCAGUUGAGUAUCAACGGAUUGCCUUUGAAGCCUGACGAGAUGGCGGAAUUACUUGGAUGUCCCUUACCUCCGCGUAAGCUGAAGCCUGGUAGAUACUGGUACGACAAAGAAUCUGGUCUAUGGGGAAAGGAAGGGGAAAAACCUGACAGAAUCAUUAGUUCAAACUUGAAUUUCUCUGGCAAACUAAGCACUAAUGCUAGUAAUGGAAACACUGAGGUUUACAUCAAUGGUCGAGAGGUCACAAAACUUGAAUUGAGGGUACUCAGGUUGGCAAACGUGCAGUGUCCACGUGAUACUCAUUUUUGGGUUUAUGACGAUGGUCGUUACGAGGAGGAAGGUCAAAAGAAUAUAAGAGGAAACAUUUGGGAGAAGGCAUCAACAAGAUUUGUUUGUGCCUUGUUCUCUCUACCCUUUCCACAUGGGCAACAUCAUGGUUCAAGAGAUGAGACUAGUAAUUAUACCGCAGUUCCUAAAUAUCUGGAACAGAAAAAAACUCAGAAGCUUCUUCUUCUAGGAAUUCGAGGAUCUGGAACUAGCACUAUGUUUAAGCAGGCCAAAUUUUUGUACGGGAACACAUUUACUGAACAAGAGCUAGAGGAUGUUAAACUGAUGAUACAGAGUAACAUGUACAAAUAUCUUAGCAUUUUACUCGAUGGAAGAGAGCGUUUUGAAGAGGAGGUUGUUUCUAGAUUGAAUGGACAAGGUUCUCCUCGUCAAAUUACGGAACCCGGUAGCAAUGGUGAAGCUAGCACUACUAGUGAAUGCAUCUAUUCUCUCAACCCAAGGCUAAAACAUUUUUCCGACUGGCUCUUGGACAUUAUUGCCACUGGGGAUUUGGAUGCAUUCUUCCCUGCAGCGACACGUGAAUAUGCACCAUUAGUUGAAGAAGUGUGGAAAGAUCCGGCGAUACAAGAAACCUUCAAAAGAAAAGACGAGCUUCACUUCCUUCCAGAUGUUGCGGAGUACUUCUUAAGCCGGGCUGUUGAGAUAUCUAGCAAUGAGUAUGAACCUUCUGAAAGGGACAUACUAUAUGCAGAAGGGGUUACUCAAGGAAAUGGUUUGGCUUUUAUGGAAUUCUCACUCGAUGAUCGUAGCCCAAAGUACGAAGCUUAUACAGAUAACCCGGACGGUCAAAUGCAACCUCAGACCAAGUACCAACUCAUAAGGGUGAAUGCCAAAGGCAUGAGUGAAAGUUGCAAGUGGGUUGAAAUGUUCGAAGAUGUUAGAGCUGUCGUCUUUUGCGUUUCCCUAAGUGACUACGAUCAGUUAUCUCUUGCACCAGACAGCAGCGGCAACGGAACACUUCUCCAAAACAAGAUGAUACAAAGCAAGGAGCUUUUCGAAACAAUGGUGAGACACCCUUGUUUCAAAGACACCCCUUUAAUACUAGUUCUUAACAAAUACGACGUCUUCGAGGAAAAAAUGAAAAGGGUAUCCCUCAACGCCUGCGAAUGGUUCAACGACUUUUGUCCCGUGCGCGCGCACGACAGUAACCAAUCACUCGCCCACCAAGCUUACUUCUACGUCGCCAUGAAAUUCAAAGACCUCUACGCGUCCAUCACAGGAAGAAAACUCUUUGUCGCACAAGUAAGGGCGAGAGACAGAAUAACUGUUGAUGAAGCAUUCAAGUACAUAAAAGAGGUUCUCAAAUGGGAUGAAGAGAAAGAUGAAAAUUACUAUGGACCACCUGAGGAUUCAAUUACAGACAUGAGUUCUUCUUUUUAUGUUAGACAGGAGUAAAUAUUAAUAUCUCUGAAGAAAAUUAUUGUUAUUAUUUUUGGCUAUUGAAAGAGGUUGUUGGAAAAAGUGUAACAUGUUGGGUGUGGCUAGCCGCUAGCACAUGUUUCUAUGAUGCUUUUUUAUGUACUAAAAGUGAAAUUUGUUUUGGUAGAGAUGUUUUUUAGGCUGAAACCUUUGUCGUGUAACUGCAUGUAUGCAUUCUCUUUGCAUGUGGAA